AUGCGGCCUGGACUACGCAGCAAACCCACUGAUAUAGACGAACCCCCUCCAGUCUCCACAUUGUGUUCUAGCGACGCAUCAGAUUCCCAAGAGAAUUAUCAGCCAUCUGACCAGCCCUCCCCCAGACCACGAGGUCAAAACUCACGCUCCAGACGAGGAGGCUAUACCGGAUCUCAAAGUCGCCAACCAAAGCAAAAGCGAUCUAGACAAGAUGGACCAGAACCUAUCCACGACUCUGACGAAGCCCAUCAACAUCGAGCUCCCACCAGUCCACCUCUGGAUGAAUCGGUCACUGACACCGACGCGACUACCCCCAAUAUGAACAACUAUCAUGAACUGGGGUUGAAGUGGGGACUUCCUUAUGCAGAGAAACGGUUAUCCCAGCUCUCGUUACCCAAAAACAACCGACCAUCUGCUAGUGGAAUAUUCGAAGCCCAAGCUUUGCAAGCAGCUUAUAAUCUUGAUAAGACUAUGCUAUGUAUAGUUCUCAAGUGUAGCCGACAUGUACUCGACGCAGCGUUAUUGGAAGGACCACUUGCCCGUGAACCAAACAUGUACACGAAUUAUCAAACGUACAGUGUAGCCGCAAACGCAAACAAAGAAAGAACGGAAAGUUUCAGCCCUGAAGUAUUCGAAUAUCUCUGUGUUACAACUAGUGAAGCCUACGCACUCACCCAAACACCCCUUGGAAUAAGUGAUACCCAGACGGCCGAGACCUCAAAUGUCAACGUACCCAAAAAAACCAACAUCAGUCAGCGAGGAACAGCUAGCACACCACAGUCGGGAACAGCUAAUCAAGCUCGAGAUCAGCAAGGUGGUACGGCAAUACCUGUUUCUGAUGAACCAUGUGCAAUAAACAAGCUCCAUGUUCUAAACCACCAACUCGAUCUGGAAUUUCAUAUUUUACUCGCAUGCUGGAACCCUAAUUCGCCUACCAGCAAGGCCCUAUUUCAGGAUGAGUAUACCUCCUGUGCACGCUGGGCUCGCCAACAGAAGAAAAGUCAUCUGCUUGAAUGUUUCUCUUUUGAGUCGACAAAGGCGCCAGAGUAUCUCCGCCCUAAACACGGCGAGGCCAAGGCUAUCUCAAAAGCAGGGCUCCAACAAACACUCAAAAGGACACCAUUUCUCCGUGGUGGUGUCCAGGGCCAGGGAGAUGCACAUCCCAAAGUUGCUAAUGUGAAAGAGGCGUUUGGUAAGAAAACAUACCGAGGCCAAGUUGCGCUCACGUUUCACCGUACACCCGACAGCCAGGUGAACGAGGACAUGAUUGCAAAAGGGCCUAGCCGGUUAACAAACGACGAAGUCCAGAUUUGGCUCGAUGACAUCGCCUCAAAGAGAUACACGAUAAUCUUAGACGAUACAAGAAAAUUAGGCAAGCGGAAAGGAAAACUUGAUCAGAAGCUGACCAAAGAAGAAAUGGAACUCGACGACAACCCACUCGCACCCGAAAUUGACAACAACAAUACUGACUUAUAA